UCGCGUCCAGCUGGUUAAUGUGUCACCCACGCUAAAUAGUACGCCUAACAUCUGGAUCAGUUUAGUUCAUGUUUACAGAGUGUUUGUAGACUAGUUUGUGCAUCGUUUCGGUCUUUGUUUAGGAAUGUGACUGAUCACAUGAUUAGAGUCAUAUGACAUUGAUGAGCCCAAGACAGAGGGAAUGAGAGCAGAAAUCUUCGACAGUUCUCAAUAAUACACUAAUACUGUCGUCUGUCGUGAUGCAGUCAGGUGGAUAGACAGAUGUGGCGACUCCUGAGGUAAACCGCUGGAUCAUGGAGCGUUUGGGAGUUUGGUCUGUUCUCGCCACCGCUUGUGUUUUUGGAGUGGUGAUGAGUCAGACAACACUCAGUCCUGCUGUGACGGUCACCACAGUCAGUGCAAGCAUGAGCACUACAGGGCCCAGCUGCUCCGGCCUCAACACCUCCACCUGCAUGGCCUGCGCUCCUGGCUCUUAUUAUGAUAACGAAACUCUGUUGUGUUCCUGCUGUCCCGAGGCAGGCCUGUGUGUGUUACCUGGAGCCUGUCUUCUGUGCGUCCAGGGUUUCUAUCAACCUCUAGCAGCACAGCAGGGCUGUCUGCCCUGUUCAUCUGGCUUUUACAGCAAUUCCACUGGAAGCCCUGUCUGCCAGCCGUGCCCUACUGGGUCCUACAGCAAUAACACAGGCUCUGCUUCCUGUACAGCAUGUGCACCAGGUAACAAGUGA